UCGCGGGCCCCAAUGGCGUCCUCGCCCUUUCCCCUCCUCCUCGCUCUUGUGCUGCUCCUCUUCUCCGUCGCCACUGCGGCCCCGGAGAACCACCUUGUCGCUCAGCUCCCGGGCUUCGAUGGCGCCUUCCCGUCCAAACACUACUCCGGGUACGUAACCGUGGACGAGAGCAACGACAGGAGGCUGUUCUACUACGUCGUGCUGUCGGAGCGCGACCCGGCCACCGACCCCGUCGUGCUCUGGCUCAACGGCGGCCCAGGCUGCUCCAGCUUCGAUGGAUUCGUCUACGAGAACGGCCCCUUCAAUUUUGAGCGUGGAAGCACUCCGGGAGGAUUGCCGAAGCUGCAGCUCAAUCCGUAUAGCUGGUCAAAGGUUUCAAACAUCAUAUACCUUGACUCCCCUGCUGGUGUUGGGAUGUCAUACUCGUCGAACAAAUCGGAUUACACAACAGGUGACAUGAAAACCGCAGCUGAUGCGCAUACCUUCCUUCUCAAGUGGUUCGAGUUAUACACCGAGCUCCAGUCGAACCCAUUCUACAUUUCCGGAGAGUCAUAUGCAGGGAUCUACAUUCCUACACUAGCUGAUGAAGUUGUUAAAGGGACACAAAAGGAUCUGCAGCCAAGAAUUAAUCUGAAGGGCUAUCUGAUUGGUAAUGGAGCAACUGACAUGGGCUACGAUUACAACUCUUUCGUGCCGUUUGCACAUGGGAUGGGUCUCAUCUCAACCGAAUUUUUUGAGAAUGUCAGUGCUGCUUGCCAUGGCACAUUCUGGGGAGAAGUUAACGAUGUUUGCCAAGAAAAGAUAGAUCGAGUGCGUUGGGAACUGAAAGACCUGAACCAGUACAACAUUCUUGCACCAUGCUAUCACCACCCUGAAAUCCAAGAGGUAGUUUUCGUGAACAGCAGCUUGCCAGCAAGCUUCAGAAAGCUAGGUGAGACCGAGAGGCCUUUCCCCGUGAGGAAGAGGAUGGCGGGUCGUUCAUGGCCUCUCCGCCUUGCUGUGAGCAAUGGACGUGUUCCCAUGUGGCCUAAGCUUACUGGUAGAUCACUUCCAUGCAUGAGUGACGAACUCGCGACCAUAUGGCUGGAUGAUGAAGAUGUAAGAGCUGCCAUUCACGCCAAACCGAAAAGCGUAAUUGGAUCAUGGGAAUUGAAUACUGCAAGAAUAGACUACACUCAUGAGGCAGGCAGCAUGCUGAAGUAUCACAAAAUGUUUACAGCUAUGGGAUAUCGAGUACUUAUUUACAGUGGAGAUCAUGAUCUUUGUAUCCCUUUCACCGGAACGGAGGCAUGGGUCAGAUCAUUAGGCUACGGAGUUGUUGAUUCAUGGCGAUCAUGGUACUUUGGAGGGCAAGUUGCUGGAUAUACACAAGGUUAUGAUCACAAUCUUACCUUCCUCACCAUAAAGGGAUCUGGACACACUGUUCCUGAGUACAAGCCAAAAGAAUCUCUGGCGUUCUACACCCGCUGGUUGUCUGGAGAAAAGAUCUAAAUUGAUCGACCUCGCAUCAGUCUAUGCGCACAACCAUCUUUAUUUCAUACUGGUCUUUCUUUUUGUAUAUCUUGAUAAUGACACUGCCUUUUUCAAUGUCAAACCCAAUAAAGAUUAAAGAAUC